UGCGAGAAACUCCUAUCAGUGCCUUCAAAAGCUAGUAGUCAAUAAAUGAUGGCACGAAGAACGGAUCCCAGGGAUGAUGAGUGGAAAAAUGUUCAAGAUGCGAAAAAGAGGAAGCAGAUACAGGACCGCUUGGCACAACGUGCACGCCGACAGCGACUACGACACGCUCAACUCGAAACCAGCAUAUCAACGUCUCGCUUGCCUCAAACCCAACGCCCAGAAUCCUCCGCGAACGUUGCAUCUUCUGAGAUUGCAUUUGGGUCCAGUCCAAACGCUAUCGCGCGUCUUAGUACAUCAAGAUCACCCUGCCCACAUUUCAAGAACGUAGAAGCACCUUCUAGCACACUAGAGCUUGAUCUAACGUGCAACCCCUACCCCCAAACUUGCUCCAUACCUUCCCCACUAGCCCAGACUAUCACCCCCUUCACCGUCUUUGCUGCACUCUAUGCAAACGGCGAGAUUCAAGGCAUUUCCUGCGCUACUACCUACUCCUCACGAACACCCAUGCCGAAACCGCAUAUUCCAUUACCCCUGCAUCCAACAGAGCUACAAAUGAUGAUUGUACAUCCGCGGUGGAUUGAUCGGCUCCCGUUUCCGCGAAUGAGGGAUAGUCUAAUACGGUUGAUAGGUGUGGUGGACGAGGAGGAGCUGUGCAAGGACUUCUUUACUAUGCCGAGUUUUACUAUUGAGGUGGGCUACGAGUCCUGGAAUCCAAGGGCCUGGAAGAUGGAGAGGGAGUGGGAAAUGAAAUGGGGGUGGUUAAUGAUGUAAGGGUCUCGGUUACUG